AAAAAAGUUGGUCUGACGAUGGUCUCAGCUACUGUCCUCCAGUGAUACUUCCGCUUCCUAAAAAGCCAUUACACUUGGCAGCCAAAGGUGGCUGACCUUCCGUGACCGUCACCCUCGGAGAGGCCCACAACAUUAUCACUCUUAGAACCUACUAAACGGCAGUCUGGGGCAUUCUUGGACGCUCGUGACCACAGCUGUUGUGGUGUUUGGGACAAUGUCGCGAACACGAACCAAUCUUGCGCUUGUAGUUAGUGAUUAGGUGUAUGCGGCCGGACCUUCGCUGGCAAUGCCCCAUGUAAAGGAGCUUACUAGCAGCUUGGACGCCGACGGAAUUGCGCAAAACGUUAGGAAGGCAUGCAGACUCGCCCCUGACGUUGCAAGCACAGCGCCAUGUAUGGAGGACCUGGCCAAGGAUUUACAGAGCCACGAUGCCGAUGCCUUGGAACUCACACAAUUAUUUAGGGCGCUGGAGGAUACGUUAGCCAUCUUUGAGGCAGAGUAUGACAGCCGCGAGGAGCAAGCGCUUCUGGGACGAGCCGCCAGUGUCCUGGACGAGGCGGCAUCUGAUUUCGUUUUCCGGAGCGGCAAGCUGUGCAGCAUUGGCUCCCUGCAAGACCGGGCCGUAUACAACGAGCUGACGCCGGAGCAGAUGCAGCGCUGGCAGCAGUUCAAGGUCUACAUGUCAGCGCAGGGCUGGAACAUUACAGACCUCGUGUACAAGGCGGGAGAGCUGAGCAAUCUGAUGUGGUACCCGCUUGAACAUGGCUCCCAGCGGCAGCAGGAGGUGACUCCUGUCAUGUUCGAGGACUGGGUGGACAAGUACUACCACUGUGAUGAGGCCAUGCGCAAGCUGAUCAAGCUGAUUUCCAAGUUCGCCCUGCCCGACAAGCCGCUCUGCAGAAACCCCGACUCCCGCAAGAUUCUCCUGGACGAGAUCAACAACAUGCCAUGAGGCCUUCUGUGGGCCGUGCGUACGUUCCAUGACCUCCAGGAUUGGGGGAUUGUGGGCCACAGCGUGAAGCAUGUGUUAAGGCACAUGCUUUGCUGCGGCAUGCUGCUGGCGUUCAAGUGGUGGCACUGCGAAUUAGCACCUUAUUAGGAUGCAUUCUUACAAGGGGGUCCUUUUCUAAUCAUCCCGGGGUAUGAAAACAGGCGAUGGGCCGUGAGGGUUGGGUUGCCAUGGAAGCGCGCGGGGUGCUGGGCACCGUGAUAGGCCACUGAGAGUGUAGGAGGGUGUGUUCAAGUGUGCAACCUAGGACUGGGGACUGGCUGGAUAUGAGCAGGAUCUCGGGCUGGGGUGGUCUCGGAUGUUGUGCCGGUAUUAGGCAGCGUAAACGUUGUUGGGAGCUUGCUAGGUUAUGCUCGUGCUAUGAUUGUUGGCCAUGCACCACACAAGGUCAGCUUGUCUUAAGCGGCAUCUGUUGAGCUUGCAUAGACCCAUGCAGCUGGCUGUAUAACCAAUGCCUCGGGGGUGACGCUUUGCAGUGUAAAGUGCAGUGGAGUCCGUCAACAUUGAUUGCGGCCUAAAUAUGCAGAAAGGACAGCAC